AGUGAGAUUCGACAAAUCCUCGCUGACCAAGGCCAAUCAUGGUGCUUUUGGAGGUAAAACGCUCUGAGAAGAAGAAUGAGUUCCUGUAUGAGACAACCGUAAAGGUCAACAAUGGUGACCUCUUGAAAGAGCUUUGCGAGCUUCACAAUUUACGGUUGAAAGUCUUGCGCCUCUCCAUGGCUUGCAAGGAAUUGGCAAAGCAUGGGCCACUUCGGCCUGAAGAGACGCGAGGCAUCUCUGAGGAUCUCAGCAAGGUCACAGAGCUGGAUGUGAAUGCUUACGGACAGCCCACCAGACCAGAUGAGUCUGGCUUUCGGACCGGAGUACCUCCACCUCCAGAGGUAGCAGAAGUUUUGUCCAGAACUGCAGAGGAAGGAGCAGCCGCAGUGGCGGGGGAGUUGGUGCAGCAAAAGCGUAGCAUUGACAAGAAGGUAUGCCAGACCCAAAUCGACAACAUGCGCGGAGCUGUGAUGAUUGCAUAUCCAGCUUUUCAUCGCUUGCCGGUAUAUGAUCCAGCCCGGCAAGAGCUAGAAGAGCGAGAGGAGCUGGAUGGUGCAUCGGAGUUGCAGUGCGUGCUGGAGCCUUCGCAAACCAAUCUUUGGUGGGCUGGCAAAGAGCUCAGGACCGACCAAUCUUUGGAACAGUAUGUGGGCAAGAACGAGAAGACAAAGAUUGUGGCAAAGUUGGCACCCAAAAAUGCUGGUGCUCCUGUACGAGAGCCACGCAUCGACGAAAACACCCACAAGGCAAUGAUGGCACACUACUACCGAAAGCAGGAGGAGCAGAAGAAGCUCCAGGAGGAUGAGGAUGACUCCUAUUUGGACUCAGAAUGGGCAAACCCCAAGGCAUUGAAAAGUGCCCUUGUUGGAAAUGGUCGGCCAAUCUCCUGGAAGACACGGUGAGUAGCAUUAGGCAAGAACGCACGAGAAUUCAUCGAAAGCGUGAGUCAAUGGUCUCCAUCUCGCAGACAAGGCCAACAGCCUCAACUUGC